AUGGGUAGAAAAGGAUUUGAACUGUGUGCGUCUGAGAAAGAAAGUAUUCUAUCCUUGUCUAAAGCUAAUAUAAAGUUAAAGGAAAUAUCAGAGAUAACAGGAAGACCUAUAUCUACAAUAUCCAGUUUUUUAAAGCGACAACAAAGACGUGUAAAUACAGAAAACAAGGAUCGAAGUGGCAGACCGCGUAAGUGUAAUGUCCAAGGGGAAAGGCAACUUAUUCGACUUGUGAAAAAUAAUCGUCGAAGAACUUUGACAGAAUUAACGAAUGUUACCAAUGAAAAUGGAGCUAGUAGACUGUCAGAAAGUACCGUGAAAAGAAUUUUGAGAAAAGGGGGAUAUCGGAGGAGGCUUGUAAAGAAAAAACUUCGGAUUCGUGAAGUCAACAAGAAAAAGCGAGUUAAUUGGUGUAAACAAUACAGACACAAAACUGUCAACUGGUUUUGGAAUAAUAUAAUAUUCAGUGAUGAAUGUAAGGUGAUGAUUGAUGGAGAGCAACGCGUAUAUGUGUGGCGGAAGGACGGCGAAGAAUGGGACCCCCCUUGUGUUGCACCCCCUCCAGGACGGCGCCUUGAUUUGAUGGUGUGGGGAUGUAAAACAGCUUACGCCGCCAUUAUUAUUACGGUGUAG